CUAGUUCUAUGGAAACUAUUGUUUUCGUACGAUAUCUCCCUCGGCUCAUAAAUUAGAGCUACUAGUCCUAAUAUGGAAGUGUACCGACUCCGCAGCCUAAUCCUUAUUAGGAAACAUAGUUCCGAGGUUGCCGAUUCCUCUUGUUAUCGACUACGUUAUCAAUUUUCGGUAUUCGGCAGUAUGGUGACGAUGACGAGAGACAUCAAACCUCGGCCUUAAAUUGUUUAGAGUGAAUAUGUAUUUGAACACGCGAAACCGAUAACCUCUCUCUCCUUGAUAGAUUUACCUUCAGAGUUAGCAACCUCAUAGUCAGCAACCUGCAACCCAAAACGUUCAUCAUGGAUCCAUCCACUUCUCAAUUGUCCGAAAAUAUCUCUCCUUCGUUCGAAGACACGGCAGACUUCAUAGACGCAGACCGCGGGUUUGUAGGAUCGCUCAAUCCGUGUGUCAUCAAAAACGCCCGUGGAGACACCGUCUGGGACAAUGACGAGUUCAAUUUCCUUCAUCAGCAGCCGUGUCCAGAAACAGUGAACCCUAAGUUAUGGCGCCAGGCUCAAUUGCUGUCCAAGCAGGGAUUGUAUCGCAUCAGUUCAUCCAUCUACCAAGUCCGUGGUUUUGACAUAUCACACAUUACUUUCGUCGAGGGCAAGACGGGUAUCAUUAUAAUCGACCCUUUGAUUUCUUGCGAAUGUGCUGCUGCCGCAAGAGAACUAUACUACAAGCACCAAGGAGUCCGCCCUGUCAAGGCUAUCAUUUACACGCAUUCGCAUAUUGAUCAUUUUGGUGGCGCCUCAGGCGUCUUGCCUCCUGUCACAAACGAUAACGACACAGCCCCGGUCCCAAUAAUUGCCCCAGAAUAUUUCAUGGAAGAGGCUACGUCCGAGAACAUUUUCGCUGGGCCUAUCAUGCGGCAGCGAGCUAGACAUAUGUACGGCUCUCAACUUCCGAAGUCUCCCAAGGGCCAAAUCGGCGUCGGCCUCGGCAUGGCCACCUCGCAUGGUACAACAAGCCUCGUGCCACCCACUAUCAACAUUACACAGACGGGACAGACCUUGACUAUCGACGGAGUCCGGAUGACGUUCCAAAUGGUACCGAAUACAGAAGCACCUGCGGAAUUAAACAUCUAUUUUCCUGACGAAAGAGCCCUAUUGGUUGCAGAGUGCGCGACCCACGCGCUGCACAAUAUAGCGACACUCAGAGGUGCCUUAGUAAGGGAUGCCAAAGCGUGGAGUAGAUAUCUGGAUGAAACAUUACUGUUGUACUGCGAAGAUGCUAAGUCGAAUGUUCAGUUUGGAAGCCAUGCCUGGCCAACCUGGGGGGCCGACAAGAUCAAGAAGUUUUUAGCGCAACAAAGAGACCUCUAUGCGUUUAUCCACGAUCAAACAGUGAGGCAAAUGAACCAGGGAUGGAACGGGACAGAAAUCGCAGAAAGAAUGGUGCUUCCACCAAGCCUGAGUCGCGAGUGGCAUACGCAAGGAUUCUAUGGAAGCGUGAGCCACAAUGUCAAGGCAAUCUACCAGCGUUACAUGACUUGGUUCGACGGAUCAGCAGAGAAUUUGUGGAAGUGGCCACCGAAAGAAGAGGGUGCUAGGUAUGUAGCAUGCAUGGGCGGCGCGGAGGAAGUCUUGAAAAAGUCUCAGGUAUUUAUAUCUCAGGGAGAUCUGAGAUUCGCGGCGACAUUACUGGGCCACGUCGUCGCAGCGGGUGACGAACCUGGGAACGAUGCAAUCGCACAUUUGCAAUGCAAAAACCUGCUGGCAAAUGUGUUCGAGAAACUAGGGUUUGGAGCUGAGAACGCGACUUGGAGGAACUUCUACUUGAGUCAGUCGGUGGACCUGAUGAAUGGCAAGAGAGCCCAAGGAAAGAACUCAUCUGGGAUGGCGGCUUUUGCACCGAACCUGUCCGUAGAACAAUGGUUUGGCGCACUCUCUAUCACAAUUGAUGGACAGGAAGCUGGGAAAGAAGAGAAGCCUUUCUGCAUUGAUAUUCAUGUCAGGGACAUUAGUGAGGACUGGAGGUUAAUUUUGAGUAAUGGUGCUUUGACAUACCGCAGUCAACCGAACGGAGAACGGUCCUCUAACAGAACUGAGCCCGACCUUGCCCUGACGCUGAAUAAAAUCGGAUUGUGCCGACUCUUGAACAGCAAGAGCAGCAGCAGCGAUAUCCUCGACCUUAAGGGUGACGUACAGGCUCUUAAUAAGCUUCUGUCGUUCGCAUCAAUUACUAGCAAAGUCAAGAACCAGCUGCAGAGUUACAUAUAG